AUGGCUCCGGUUGCAUCACGUCUGCCACCUGGCGCCUACGACCAGCAUCUCGCCGCAAUGAAGCAGCGACAAUCAUCCGCCACCCCUCAGAGUCAGUCAACUCUAAGACCAGGUACACCCGGGCUACCUGGCGGUAAUCAGCCUGAUUCGUUCAAGGACCAAUGGGAAAAAUACUCGCAAGCUGAACAAAAUAGGAAGAAGCGACUAGAACAGGCUUGGGAGGCGUACGAGGCACAGAAGCGCGCUCGUUCGCUGCCCAAGGACGCGCCUCCACAAGCCCCAGAGCGCCCAUCAGUUCCUGUGUUCGGUAGCUCUGGCUCAAAGGGCACCUCGACGUUGGAGCAGGAGAAAUUUGCUCAGCAGAGAAAGGACGACGAGGACAGGAUCCAACGCGAAGUGCAGCGUCGUUUCGAUGCUUACACGGCUCGUCUCGUGCAAGAAAGGCACUCUUUGCGCGCCGAUCCCGGAUGGCCAGCCCAUCCGCGCAGCGCAUCAGUUGCGCCAGGUGCUUCACCUUCUAUGAAGUCGGCCUUUCACAACCCUCAGUCAUCGGCAUACCCUCAAAGUCGACCAUUCCCACCGAAGACACCGCUUCCAACACCAACGCACCUCCGAAGUCCUCCGCCGUCGCGCCCUCUGUCUAGCGCAUAUCAACCUACUCCGCGAUCCCAACGGGUUGACGUAAACCCGUUCACCUCGCCGGACACCCCUCCUUCCUCUCCCGAGAACCUACCGCCCAACCAAGCGCACAGAUACUGGACUCCAUACACCGGUCCGCGUGAUGCUCCAUACCCUGACCUUACCAGCCCUCGCACUACCUCGAACGAGCACGAGUUCCCAUCCUCUGAAACUCUGCCAUACCCUCCACGUGUCCCCCAUCCAACGCCUGCUUAUUCUAAGAAGCAUGCCAAACUUUAUACCGGUCCGGAUCGACCUCCCUCACCAGUGCAACGCGAUGAUCGUCCUGCUUCUGCCCGCGCCGAUGCACAAGCCAGUGAUGCUGAUGCAAAGGCGAAAGGUCGGGAAGAAGAAACCGAGCAAGCGAAGGACAGCCGUCGAAAGCGAGAGGACUGGAUGCUACAGCAACAGGCAUGGAUGCGCCAGCAAGAGCAGUGGAUGCGCCAGCAAGGGGACUGGAUGCGCCAACAGGAGAUUUGGAUGCGCCAGCAUCAGCAACCGCAACAAGGAUAUGGAUCCAACCCAGGCGUGAGCCCCCGCCAAUCUUGGGGUCAGACCACGCCUCCUCCCCGCUCACCUCCGUUUGAGAAGAGCCCUUGGGCAGAUUGAAGCGCCCUGCAUAAUCCGGUGGCGGCUGGGAGAUUGGGAGAUGAAGGGGAGAGCAGGGGGCGGCCCAGGAGGCAGCGUAUCGUAGGUACAGGUGUCCAUGACGUCACCGAUUGUCAUAGUAGCACUUCAUUUGGGAUUGUUCGUCACUGUUUCCUCAAACUGGCUUUGAGUCUAA